GGGUAGCGCCGCGCCGAGCGCGAGCCAUGGCCCCGGCGCGGGGCGCGGGGGCCGCGGCAGGGCCGCUGCUGCUGCUGCUGCUGCUGGCUCGGGCGCCGCGCGCGACGGGCGGCGACAGCUGGAAGGGCGACAGCAGGCUGGUGUCUGAGCAGUUCUCACAGACCCCGCAGAAGCUCUCUUUCUACAGCUGGUAUGGCAGUGCCCGGCUCUUCCGCUUCCGGGUGCCCCCUGACACCAUACUGCUGCGCUGGCUUCUGCAAGUGACGUGGAAUGGCGGCCGCGCCUGCACACACUCAGAGGUCACCGUGUACUUCCGCUACGGUGCACCUCCAGUCAUCAACCCACUGGGUGCCAGCUUCCCGCCCGAUGCCUCCGUGCAGCCACCCUUCCAGCUCAAGAUGGGGCAGAAUGUGACCUCCCUCAACAUCACCCAGCCAGCGCCAGGGGACUGGUUUCUGGCUGCCCACCUACCCCCCUCGGCCCAGAAGCUAGAGAUGCAGGGCACCUUUCCCUCCUGCUCCUGCGUGUUCCACCCUGAGCUGUUGAUUGUGCGGGUGCUGGAGGCUUCCAUCCUGGAGCCGGACAUGCCUCUCCCACAGGUUCUCCUCUCCAGGCCCACCUACCUCAAAGUCUUUGUGCCCGAGUUCACACAGGAGCUACGGCUGGAGCUGCAGGGCUGCGCCACCAACGACAGCCUGGGCUGCCCCGUGCGCCUCACCGUGGGCUCCGCCACCCUGCCUGGCAACUUUCAGAAGGUGCUUACGUGCUCCAGCCCCAUGCAGCACUGCCGCCUGCUGCUGCCCUCACCGCCCUGGAACAGGUGGUUGCAAGUGACGGCCCAGAGUGUGGCAGGGCCCCACGUGGCCGUGGCCUUCAGUGCCUUGGCUGCCCUCACAGCCUGCAAGCCCUGGAACAUGAAUGUCCAGCACUUCCUGCCGAUCUGCAACCUGAACCAGACCUGUAAUGCCUCCUCCCAUCUGCUGCCCCCCAUCCUGGGCUCCCUGGACCUGGGUGAUGGCAGCCAGGAAAGCAGAGCCCACUUCUGCUUUGUGAACAUCCCAGUCACGCGGGAGGAUGUGGACGUGGUGUCGGUGCGCUUCCAGCCCCUGGACAGGCUCCCAGUGCUGGUGCGGCCGGACGUGCCUUCGGUGCUGCGGCUGCCCCUGCACACGGGAAUGGACAGUGGGGGCUCCCUCACCAUCUCUCUGCGAGCCAACAAGAGCGCCAUCGCCAGGAAUAUGUCUGUGGUAGCGUGUGUGAAUGCCGCCUCGCCCUUCCUCAGCUUCAACACCUCUCUAAACUGCACCACAGCCUUUUUCCAGGGCUCCCUGCUGUCUCUGAGCGCCUUGGCCCCCCAGGUCAGCCUCGUCAUCCCCUACCCGGAGACAGACAACUGGUACCUCUCUCUGCAGCUCGUGUGUCCCCAGGCUGCUAAGGAGUGUGAGCAGGCUGUGGUCCUCGUGGAAACCACCUUGCACUUGGUGCCCUGUCUGAAUGACUGCGGGCCCUAUGGCCACUGCCUCCUACUGCGCAGACAUGGCUACCUGUACGCAGGCUGCAGCUGCAAGGCAGGCUGGCGCGGGUGGAGCUGCACAGACAACAGCACGGCUCAGACGCUGGCCCAACAGACAGCGGCCACACUGCUGCUCACCCUCAGCAACCUCUUGUUCCUGGCCCCCAUCGCCGUGUCCCUGCGCCGCUCUCUCCUGGUGGAGGCCUCUGUCUACACCUACACCAUGUUCUUCUCCACGUUCUACCACGCCUGCGACCAGCCCGGGAAGGCCGUGUUCUGCAUCCUCAGCUAUGAUACUCUGCAAUUCUGCGACUUCCUGGGCUCCAGCGUCGCGAUCUGGGUCACCAUUCUCUGCAUGGCCCGGCUGAAGGCAGGCCUGAAAUAUGUCCUCUAUCUCCUGGGCUCACUGAUCAUCGCCAUGUCCCUGCAGAUGUCCCGCCAGGGCCUCUGGAACACGCUCGGGCCUUCCCUCUUUGCCAUAGUGAUCAUGGUGACCAUGUGGGUGUAUCGUUGUGGGCGCCGACAUCACUGCUACCCUCCGUCGUGGCAGCGCUGGGCCUUCUACCUCCUUCCAGGCAUUUCCAUGGCCACCGUUGCCCUGGCCAUCUUCAUCUUCAUGACCACCAGUGACAACUACUACUACAUGCACAGCCUGUGGCAUAUGCUCCUGGCAGGCAGCGCUGCUGUGCUACUGCCCCCCAGUGAGGAGCCCAUAGGGCGCUGGGCCUGUUCACAGAAGCUCACCUGCACCCAUGACCCCUGCACCAGCCACCGGGAGGAGUUGUAUGCAGUCACCUGACGCCAUAGCUGGGCUUGUCCAGACCAGCUCCCACAGAAUAAACUUGGCCUGAGCACACUCCUUUGCUCUCCCCUGAACCGAGGGGUCUUCCCGGAUUUACCACUCCCCACAGCUUAUGGCAGCCCGCCAGUGUGCCAUGCCGGGACCCUGGGGCAAGGGGCUUGAACUGUGAUGGUGACUGGGUGCCAUGGGAGGUGCAGAAAGACCCACUGACCGGUCCCUCUGACUCAUCUGCUGUAAGCAGCUCUGGGGUACCUCACCACAUGGGCACCCACCCUUGGGGGCCUGGGCCUUGUCUGGGGGGUCUCCCCUUGGGUGGCUGCAGCAGUGGGAGUGCUGCUGUCCCUUGCUGCUGCCCAAAGUUGAAGGGGGACCAGUGCCCCAACUUUCCCUUCUCUGGGGCCAGCAGGCGUUUCCAGAAGGCACAGUGGAGAGACACGAUGUCGCCCACACUCUGGGGCUCCCUCUCCCACCCCCCCACCCCGUCUGGCCUGGCCUCCAUAGGGUGGGGGCAGUCCCCGCAGUCACCCCGCACGUGACCACCAAAGCUUCUAUAGGCUUGUAAAAGGAAAAUAUUUAUAUAAGGUAUUUUGGAGGGAUGAACAUUUUGAGACAUUAAAGCAUAUUUUCCUGUA